GGAGGGCCUCUGGACAUCAAAGGUUCCUUUUGUCCCUUUCCGAGUGGCAGAGCAGCCGGGCCACUGGCUAUGACUCAGGCCUGGCCCUGACGUCACCCACGCCCUGCUGCUGGCCUCGGUUUGUAGCCAGGAACCUGACCAGGGAGUGGUUCUCAUAGCUGCAGCAAAUCUCAAAACCGGGAGGCCACUGCUGUGCUCUCUCUAUUUCCCCUCCAGCAACCUUAUUUCUUCUACUUCUUCUUUUGUUUUAAGCCUUAAGGAGGGCUUUACUUGUAAAUCAGCUUUCCAAGGGUAAGCAGUCAGAAUGAGUGACGUCAUGAGAAGAUUAUGUGGCGCAGAUCUCAACUGGGAGUUGAGGCAUCCAGAGGAAGAAUGCGGUGGGGCCUCCUGAGCCCAGGAAGUUGGCUGCGUGUGGGCUUCAGAGCCAGCACCUCUGAAUGAGGCUGUCUUGAAGCGAGGCUAUGCCAGUCUGCCGCUCCUCUGGCUGGGAGAGCUGAGCGCUGUGUGAGAAAUACUUUGAUCCUGAUGUGGAGGAGAUGGAAGACUCAGAACCAAGGAUUGCCAAGUGAUUUCUGCCGCGGCACAGAAACUAACUCCGUCAAGGCUGGUCCGUUCUAACUGAGAUGACAGUCAUGUCCCUCUCCAGGGACCUCAAGGACGACUUCCACAGUGACACGGUGCUCUCCAUCUUAAAUGAGCAGCGCAUUCGGGGCAUUUUGUGCGAUGUCACCAUCAUUGUGGAAGACACCAAGUUUAAAGCCCACAGCAAUGUCUUGGCUGCCUCAAGUCUUUAUUUCAAAAAUAUAUUUUGGAGCCAUACGAUCUGUAUUUCCAGUCACGUCCUGGAGCUGGAUGAUCUGAAAGCCGAAGUGUUUACAGAAAUACUUAAUUAUAUCUACAGCUCCACCGUUGUGGUCAAGAGGCAGGAAACAGUCACCGAUCUUGCAGCUGCGGGAAAAAAGCUGGGAAUAUCAUUCUUGGAAGACCUUAGUGACCGCAACUUCUCAAAUUCCCCAGGUCCCUACGUAGUCUGCAUUACUGAAAAGGGUGUGGUUAAAGAAGAAAAAAAUGAAAAAAGGCACGAAGAACCAGCCAUUACUAAUGGGCCAAGGAUCACAAAUGCAUUUUCCAUCAUUGAAACGGAAAAUAGUAAUAACAUGUUUUCUCCACUGGACUUGAGGGCAAGCUUCAAAAAAGUGUCUGAUUCCAUGAGAACAGCCAGCCUCUGCCAGGAGAGGACCAAUGUCUGCCACGAGGCAGAGCCUGUCCGCACGCUUGCUGAACACUCAUACGCCGUUUCUUCCAUCACUGAGGCUUACAGGAGUCAGCCUGUACGGGAACACGACAGCAGUGUAUCUGGUAAAACAGGAAAAGAAAAUGGCGAGGCUCUUGCCACAAAAGCAAAGUCAUGCCGAAAGCCAAAGACCCAAACCCAGGAUUCUGACCCAACCACAGAAAACAUAUCACUGCUUCCAGUGACCAACCCAGAGCUUAAUCAAGAAAGAAGCCCACAGCCAACUCCAAUUCUGUCACGCUCAAAAUCUCCCAGCAAUGAGGGAGACGUCCAUUUUCCCAGAGAAGAGGACAGCCGACCCUCCGAUAUUCCUGGUCCAGCAGUGGCAGAGGUCCCGCCCCUUGUUUAUAAUUGCAGCUGUUGCUCCAAAUCCUUUGACAGCAGCACACUGCUCAGCGCCCACAUGCAGCUCCACAGGCCGACCCAGGAGCCUUUGGUGUGCAAGUACUGCAACAAGCAGUUCACCACCCUCAACAGACUGGACCGGCACGAGCAGAUCUGCAUGAGGUCUAGCCACGUGCCCAUCCCAGGGGGAAGCCAACCGUUUUUAGAAAACUACCCCACCAUUGGACAAAAUGGAAGUUCAUUCACAAGUCCAGAAUCUUUAGUACCAGAAAAUAGGAUUGGUGAGCUUGCCAGCGCUGGGGGUGCCUUGCCAGAUGAGGAGCACAUGGUGAAACUUGUGAACGGGCAGAUGCUCUACAGUUGCAUCGUGUGCAAGCGUAGUUAUGUGACUUUGUCCAGCCUCCGAAGGCAUGCAAACGUUCACUCGUGGAGAAGAACAUAUCCUUGUCACUACUGCAACAAGGUCUUUGCCCUGGCCGAGUACAGGACACGACAUGAGAUCUGGCAUACUGGAGAGAGACGGUACCAAUGCAUAUUUUGUCUCGAAACGUUUAUGACCUACUACAUACUAAAAAACCAUCAGAAGUCUUUUCAUGCCAUAGAUCACAGACUCUCCAUCAAUAAAAAAACUGCCAAUGGAGGCUUGAAGCCUGCUGUCUAUCCAUAUAAACUUUACAGACUCCUGCCUAUGAGAUGCAAGAGGGCACCGUAUAAGAGCUUCCGGAAAUCUUCCUACGAACAUUCUCGAGAAAACAGUCAAAGGAGUGAGUCUGCACCGGAUACAUUUGUCGUUCCAAAUUCACAAAGCUCUGAAAUGCCCACACUGAACUUCCAAGAUGGCGGGAACACCUUGACCGGCAGCCCUGCCAUCCCAGGGGGAACGCCUUCACAUCAGGGUGCACCCACUUCUGCCAAAGUAAAUCAAAUGGAAGGCAUCAAAUGGAAGAAGGAGGCCCUGAAAACUGAUCCCGUCGAUAGCUUGGAUUCAACCGAGGGGUCAGUUUCUUCCGCUGAAAACACUGUCAGUGUCAAGCUCCAGGCAGAGUCCACACAUGGUUCACCGGUGGGUCAAGGCAGUGACCACGCGGCCUCUGUGAUCAGCUAUGGUGGCUCGGUGCCCUCUGUCAUCGUGCACAGCAGCCAGUUCUCAUCCGUGAUCAAACACAGCAAUACAGUUGCUGCCCUGACCAGCAAUGACAAAGUCCCUUCACAACCAGUUGUCAGUCCGCCCCUGAAAGAGGAUAGCAAACUGGGGGCAGAUAAAGCCAGUAAACUUGCAAGCAGACCCAAGAGCAUCAAGGAGAAAAAGAGAGCUCUUGCGUGUAACAAGGGAGAAGUAACAGAGGAGGCCAAGUACGUUAGUGAUCAUGGAGGGUCUUUGGGCAAAACCACAAAUGUCGUGGAAGAAACCAGUAAAAUUGAGACUUACAUUGCAAAGCCUGCUCUGCCUGGCACCUCCACAAACAGCAACGUUGCACCCCUUUGCCAAAUAACAGUGAAAAUUGGGAAUGAAGCCAUCGUGAAAAGGCGUAUCCUUGGGUCGAAGCUGUUCUGCAAAAGAGGGAGAAAGCCCAAAUAUCAAAUGCAGGAGGAGACGUUGCCUCAGGAGAGUGACCCAGAAACCCGUGGAGACAGCCCCCUUGGGCUUUGCCAGGCUGACUGCGUAGAGAUGAGUGAAGCCUUUGAUGACGUAAGUGACCAGGAUUCCACUGACAAGCCGUGGCGCCCAUACUACAACUACAAGCCCAAGAAGAAAUCCAAACAGUUGAGGAAAAUGAGAAAGGUCAAGUGGAGGAAGGAGCGUGGGAGCAGAAGCCCCAGCGGUAGGCGCAGGUACCCAGCUGAACUGGAUCGUGCAGAGGUGAAGCCACCAGAUAAGGCUUUUGAAGAAGAAGAAAAUAAAGAGAUGCCCAAGCUCCAGUGUGAGCUCUGUGAUGCUGACAAAGCAGCAGGGGUGGACGCCGAAGGCAAGCCCCACCAACACCUCGGGCUGAAGCCUUACAUCUGCGAGCUUUGUGCAAAGCAGUUCCAGAGCCCCUCCACGCUCAAAAUGCACAUGCGCUGCCAUACCGGAGAGAAGCCGUACCAAUGCAAGACCUGUGGGCGGUGCUUCUCAGUGCAAGGGAACUUGCAGAAACACGAGCGCAUCCACCUGGGGGUGAAGGAAUUCGUCUGUCAGUAUUGUAACAAGGCGUUCACGUUGAACGAGACUCUCAAAAUCCACGAGAGAAUCCACACCGGGGAAAAGCGUUACCACUGUCAGUUCUGCUUCCAGGGAUUUUUAUAUCUUUCCACAAAGCGCAAUCACGAGCGGCGGCAUGUUCGCGAGCACGAUGGGAAAGGCUUUGCUUGCUUCCAGUGCCCCAAAAUAUGCAAGACAGCUGCCGCCCUCAGAAUGCACCAAAAGAAACAUUUAUUCAAGACCUUAACUAAGCAGGAGAAUACUGGUGACAUGUGCCAUGAAAACUCGGAUCUCUUGGAGAGUCAGCUUUGCACUGAUUUGGAAGACAGCGACCAAAAGGAUGACAUGCAAACCUUUACUGAAAACGUUAGUGACAACAGUUAGAAAAGUCUCCAAAAAAUUGUGAGAUUUUUUUUUCAGUUUUUUGUUGUUGUUGUUGUUGUUUAGUUUUGUUCACUUACUAGUCACAAAGGCGUGGGGAAGCUAAUUCUUAUUUGUGUAAACUCUUCAAAAAAAAAAAAAAGGAUCCUAGCACCUCCUUUGGGUUUUAUCAUUCAUUUCUCACGGAGUGCAUAAAACAAGAUAGCUGCAUUCUCUAAGGACCCACGUAUUUUUGUGAAGGCUAAUAAAGUUCUUAGCUGUGGUAUUUUGAACGGUGAAAGAAAGCCGCUGAAUUUUAGCCUAAUUUCAAACAUUCUCGUGAGUGCUAAUGAGGCCUGCUGGACUGUCGUUAGUCACUGGAGAAAAUGAGGGUCAGGAUCAUGAAAAUCACGUCUCUGAGAUGUGUUCAAUGCUAAGUGAGGUGUGACAGUAUUUAUCCCCCUCCAGUUUCUGCACUAUUAAUCUUUGUUUAAAUUAAUGGGUAUUUACAGAGUACUUCACAAUAUAACUGAAAAUCUGUAAUGGGUAGCCUACAGUAGGACACUUAUACAUCAUCUAGAACUACUUUCCUGCAACAUAAACCCUGUAAAAUACAUAUAUGAGUCACUAUAACCUUUAACUCUCUGUGUCCCUUGUAGAGAAUUAUAACGAGCAAUAGACCUGCAAAUACCGAGGACUGGUGUCGAAAUCAUAGAGCAUUUUGAAUCUGACUUAUGAGCAUGUGUGUGCUUCUCGAUGGAAUGCUGUGCUGUUAUUAGAACCACUCAAGUCACACGAAACAUAAGUCAUGCCUUACCUAUGGGGAAGCCUUCCCAGAACCUACCUGAGAUUACCUAUGCCGUAUAACCCUUUGCAGUGGCCUCACCUCAGAGAAUGAAGAAUGGUCAAAUUCUUCUGAACUCUCUGCAGUCUUCCAGCCAUCCCAAGGCCAUGGAUGUUGGGGGCUAUUCCACACAGACUUAAGGGGUCAAAUAAUCCUGAUGUCUCCCAUUCUACUGAAGGAGUAUGCAAAAGGUUGAGAACAAGACAUACCUCCAUGGUAAUGAAGUUUCAGGCAUCUGGAAACAGCAGAAAGCCCGAUUCCUGAACUGUACACCUUGGAGAUAAUGCGGCCCACAGGUCCAUACUAACUAAAAGGACAGAAGCCCCCACUCCCACUGAUGACAUGAGGACAAGGGGAAGUGAUGACCUUCCUUGCCUCAAACAGCAGCAUUGUUUUUGCGGGAUGGGGAGAUAGGAUGUGGAGGGACAGGGUUCUGCCCCUUACUAUCAUGACUCAGAAGCAUCCACACAGCUAGAAGCUCUGUCUUCAUGUUUGCAGACAUCUAGCUCCCUCGUUAAAGCCUCAUCUUUCUAAACAGUUUUUUAUAUUGAUGCAAACUGUCAGCAUUGCCCUCAGAAGUCUGUUUGCCCUCCAGGAUGGUCUUUCACGUGAACUAGGAUCCUGGAAAGCUGGAGCUCACUGUUCUUCCUGCUAAAACUGCCAGGAUAGGAGGGAAGGAGGACUCAUUCCUAACCUCCCUUCAGUCACCAGUAUCAGCAAAAUUCAGAAGAGUUCAAGAGUGGCCAGCAGCCAUUCCUGUUCACUGGAUUUGGUGGAUGGAAACCCGAGGCUGAGAGGUUGUCCUUACGGAGGACUCCAGCUGUGUGCAACACGUGUUGUGUCUCCAUGAAGAAGACUUAGUGUGGUUUGGGGUAGGCAAGAAAACAUUCAAACACCCAGGAAAAAGGACAUGAUUCAAGGUGACCUUGUUAUACUGUAGUUGUUAAGCAACUCCAAUAGUGUAUCUGCAUUUACCAUUUGUUCAUCUACGUUCACCUACAUGCAGUAUUAUGUACUAGAAGAAAACGGGGAAAUGCAAGCAAAUUCAACUUUAUUUUUCUGUUGUAUAUAUGUACACCCACACCGUUCACUUGUGUUUUGUUAAAGAGGUCGUCACAAAGGGCUUAUGAAAAUCACUUUUGAGUUAAUAAUUAGAUGACAAGCAAUCCUGUGAUCCACUAAUUUGUUUUAUCUGUUAUGAUUAUAAAGCAAUCAGUUAUGUAUUUAAGUUGUUUUGAUUUAACUACAAAUAUAAGAUUAUAUGUACUGAUGUCUCCCGGCCCUUAUCUGUGGAUAUUUUUUAAAUGGACUUGUAUGCUGAUAAUUCUAGACCAAAGUAAAUAUGGCAGAAUAUUUAUACAUAAAAAUAAUUUUGCAAAUAUUUUCUAUAAUUGUAUCGUUCAUUUAAAAUGUUGAUAGUUUGUGUUAGUUUCAGGGAGGGGUGUAUAUUUUGAUAAAAUACUUGACUUUGUAAUUCUGUAUAUUCUAUACAAUUUAUAGCAGAGCCAUUUUAAGACAACUGGUUACAUUUUUUUUUCUUGAUUGUGAAAAUGUUAUGAGUGGUGUUUAAUUAUGCAUCAAGUCCAUAACGACCAAGUAGAAUUACAGUGUAAACAGUGAGCAUACUGUAUUCUGUACAAGAUAUAUUGUAAUUUGCUGUUUUAGCGUCUGUAUUUUGGUUAGAAGAUAUUAUUAAAUGCAGAUGUUAAAGAUUGGAAAGGUUUAAUUUUAUUUUUAGAAAUAAUGAAUAUAAAUUUGUUUUGCUUGAUUAAAAUAGCUUAUUCCUACAUUAA